CAGACGCAACCAACCGAAUAGGAUGUUUGCCCACCCACAUUUGCACCCACAACUGGCAACGGUUGCUAUUGCUGCCAGCGCAUUAGCCACAUCCGAAGCAACAACCGAUAAAGUACUGCUGCUUGAUGAGGAUAUCAUCAUCAGUCAAGCUUACUAUUCCAAUUCGCCGCUUUUCGCCUUUGACUCCUCGUCGUUAUUGGAUUUCCAGCAGUUGUUGCAGAGCGAUGCAUUCAAGCAGAAUAUGUCACUGACACUUAAUAUCUCAACGGAAAAUCUAACGGAUCUACUAAAUACUGCGCAGUUAAAUCAAACCUAUGAACUGCCACACCAACAACUCUCCAUGUCUGUGUUGAUUACGCUCACCGUUUUUUAUGCAAUAAUAUUUAUCGCGGGUGUGUUGGGUAAUCUCAUCACAUGCAUUGUUAUAUCGCGAAAUAAAUUUAUGCAUACAGCGACAAAUUUCUACCUAUUCAACUUGGCUGUAUCGGAUUUGUUGUUGUUGCUGUCAGGCGCACCGCAAGAUGUCUACAGUUAUUGGUAUCCUAAUGCAUUUCCAUUUGGCGAUGUGAUAUGUAUUCUGGGCAGUGUUCUGGCGGAGACUGCGACAAACGCGACAGUAUUGACCAUUACAGCAUUUACUGUUGAACGAUACAUAGCGAUAUGUCAUCCAUUUCGACAGCACACCAUGUCGAAGCUAUCGCGAGCUAUCAAGUUCAUCUUCGCCAUUUGGGUGGCGGCGCUGCUGCUCGCCCUGCCGCAGGCGAUGCAAUUCUCCGUUGUCUCAGAGCAGGGCGGCACCUCGUGUACGAUUGGCAACCACUUUGUCGAACAUGUUUUCGCAGUUUCGGGGUUUAUCUUCUUCGGCGGUCCCAUGACAGCGAUUUGUGUACUCUAUGUACUGAUUGGAAUAAAAUUGAAGCGCAGCCGAUUGCUACAGGCAGUGCCGAGGCGUAGUUUUGAUGUACACCGCGGAAUUAGCGCACAGAGUCGUGUAAUCAGGAUGCUUGUGGCCGUUGCUGUAGCAUUCUUUUUGUGCUGGGCGCCAUUUCACGCUCAACGCUUGAUGGCUGUGUACGGCAGCAGCGCCAACAUAGAAUCGCAACUAUUUAAAGAUGUCUUCGAAGCUGUCGACCUCGUAUCCGGUGUGCUGUAUUACCUAUCAACCUGUAUCAAUCCAUUGCUGUACAACAUCAUGAGUCACAAAUUCCGUGAUGCUUUCAAGGUUACUUUAGCCCGUCAUUUUGGAUUCCCCGGCCGCUACCAGAGUCAAAGUCACAACUACAGUGCCCUAUUGCGACAAAACGGUUCAAUGCGUCUCCAUACAACGGAUAGCAUCCGAACAACUACAACGACGACAACAAUUAACAGCAGUAGCGGCGUUGGCGGCGGCGGUGGUGGUGGAAUGGGCAACAUCGGCCUGAGCGGAGUGGGUGCCAAUAGCGCCAGUCGCCGUUCAUCGCAUCGCUCACGUUACACAUCCAUUGGCUCGCAAUCGCCACUAGCAACGACUCUGAACAAGCACGAUGAAAUCGCUUCAAAUCAAGUUAACGGCGCGACUGCUGCAUCGACACCCAGGCAACAGCAUCAUCACAGGCUGCAAUCACAACUAUCACAACGAUCUAACGGCGCCGAUAGUAAUUUACUGCUCGACAUGGAAUUGGGCACAGGAUACGGUUAUUGUCAUGUUCAUCCGCAAUCGGCGACCAUAAAUUCCAGCAGAAGUAACAAUUUGCGCCGUUCGGUCAUCAACAAUAAUGUGAUGCGCAAUGCGCGCCCUAUAUGUGAUGAUCGCGCGUCUAUUAACUCGCAGGAGUGGGAAAGCAACGCUAGUCAAUAUGAGCUUGGCGACACUCAUUGCAUUGGCGAGCAUGAAUCUGAAUUGCCAAGGCCAGUGUCAUCGAGUAGUCUGACACUGACGCGUAUUCCAGCUGUGCAGCCUAUGCAAUCCGUACAGCCGGUAAACUCCAUAGCGGAAUUGGACGUGCAUGCGCCAGCACGUGCGCGUCUUAAACUUUCACGUAUAAUCAGCCGACGUGACCAGGACACAUUGUUGGCCAAGUCGAAUCCGCGCGCUGAACUAAUGCGCAGCACUGUUAAUGUGCCUAAUGUGCCUGGCUCACCAUUUACGACCUACGAAAAUGACAAAAAGAAGCAUGGGCGGACAGCGAAUGGGGGUCGAACGCACAAAACCUUUGAUACACUCACCGGCAUGUUCCACUGGCGUGCUCGUAAAAAAGAACUAAAUGACCGACGUAAUGGUAGUGGUAGUGGUGGUGGUGGUGGUAAUGGCAUGAAACGGACGCGACAAGACAACACCUCGACUGUACAUACCCACGCAAGUGUGGGCGGCACGCCCACAUCUCGUAUGGCACUUAUGCGUAGCAUAUCAUCUACAUCGCCAGGCAUACUCGAGUCGACACUCAAUGCCGAAAUGAUGGGGCAAAAGUUGUGAAAAGGACCCUCAGCAUGCACACAAAUUAACACACCCACACAAACACAGACGAAUGUGAAGCCUUUUGGCCAACUUGAGAAAGUUCAUUGCAAGUGAACCCAUAUUUUGGAUAUAACAUUUGCCGGGUCACACAGACCAGAUGGCGACAUAAGCAGACACUGCACACUCAUGUAUGCGCCUAUGUUUUUAUAUGUAUGUAUCGAUGCGUAUGCAUGUGCCUACCAACUUCCCACAUAUCCAUAAUCGCUUACACUUAAAGCUCGCCAUUCCGAAAGUAAUGUAAAAGAGCACCACAGGAUAAUAAUUUAAGUAAAAACCUCAGCUUUCUCCAUGACCAAGCUCAUGCAGUCACGGCCACGUCAAGUGCGAGUUAUCUAAAUCAUCUGAGCAAUCUGUCUCAUCAGCGUGUUGGGACACUUAUCUCACCAAUUUGUUGGCACAUCUAGCCGAUACCCCAAAACCGCAAAACAAGCACAUGCUUCACGCAUACACACAAGCACACCCACAUGCCACGAACCAGUAUACGCUCAUGUUGUGUUGUUCACAUUACAUUUGUAACUUGUCGCGUCUCUUUAUGUGCCACAUUUGCUUAAAUGCAGAGAUGAAAUAAAUCGUAAGAAAUCCCUAGUCAGACAGUCGAAUUGCUACGAAUGCCAUAACGUUAACUACAUAAAAUCAAAUCUACGCUCCAAUUAGGAUGUAACUUGCAUAUGUAAAUGGUAUGUAAUUUUCAGCAACAGAACAUUGAAGUGUUGUAAGUGUUG